CAGUGCACCCAACGUAGGGACUGGGGAGCGGCACCAGGAAGUGACUCGCUCGCCCUGCAGUGACUGUGGGGCGCUGUGGGGAGCCCGCGCUCCUUGCAAGAUCCCCGAGCCCCGGCGGCUGCUGCUGGGACCCCGGAACGGGGAAUCUCCAGCGCUGACAGUCCCGCUGCUCCCAGGAGCCUCUCGCAGGGCAGAGCCCCCAGCCUGGCCAGGACCCCCCUUCCCGCCCCCAGCCCCUGCUCCCAGGGCGGGCACCGCUUGGAGGGAAGGUCAUUCCAUCUUCCUAGGGGACAAGGAAGGGAAAUGGCUGUGGUGGAUCCAGUUCAGGAUUCCCCGUUCCCAAACCUGACCUGAUCGCCUGGCUGGAAGCAGGGGAAGAGCCGUGGAUCCCAGAUCUCCAGGCCUCCGAGGAAAGGAAGAUCCCAAGAGGUAUGCACACAGGUAAAAAUGGGUGUCCUUGCUGUGCUUAUUUUCCCUUUGCUCCUUUUUGGAAUCAGUGGAAUUAUAUAUAUUUACCGAGCAGUUGGUCGGCUAAUGUCAAAGUCAGCUGUGCAAAACAAAGUGGUAGUGAUUACCGAUGCCAUCUCUGGACUGGGCAAGGAAUGCUCUCGAGUUUUUCACUCUGGAGGAGCAAGGUUAGUGUUGUGUGGAAAGACAUGGGAGAAGUUAGAAGCCUUGUAUAAUGCUUUAAUCAGUGUGGCAGACCCCAGUGUGACAUUUACACCAAAGCUCGUACUUCUGGAUCUCUCAGACAUAAACUGCAUUCAAGAUGUAGCUAAAGAAAUACUGGAUUGCUAUGGAUGUGUGGAUAUACUGAUCAACAAUGCUAGUAUGAAAGUGAAAGGACCAGUGCAGAGUAUCUCAUUGGAACUCGAUAAAAAGAUUAUGGAUGCCAACUAUUUUGGACCUAUAACACUAACAAAAGCCCUUCUUCCCAACAUGAUCUCAAGAAGAACUGGCCAAGUUGUCCUAGUAAAUAAUAUCCAAGGAAAAUUAGGAGUCCCAUUUCGUGCUGCUUAUGCUGCUUCUAAGCACGCUGCACAAGGGUUUUUUGAUUGUCUUAGAGCUGAAGUGGAAGAAUUUGAUGUUUGUAUCAGCACUGUGAGUCCAACAUUCAUCCGUUCAUACCAUGUUCAACCAGAGCCUGGCAACUGGGAGGCCUCCAUUUGGAAAUUCUUUUUCAGAAAGCUGGCAUACGGCGUGCAUCCAGUGGAGGUUGCUGAGGAAGUUCUGCGCACUGUGAGCAGAAAGAAACAGGAGGUGUUUAUGGCCAACGCCAUCCCCAAGGCAGCUCUUUACAUUCGCACUUUCUUUCCGGAAUUGUUUUUUGCCAUCAUUGCGUCUGGUGUUAAGGAAAAGCAGAAGGUAGAAGAGAAAUGAUUUUGUUCAGCUCUUUUUUCUGUUUGUGGCCUGAAUAAAGUCCAUGUUUCAAGAGUGA